AUGUCCGCUGGCCAGCCUCUGCUCAAUCUUCCACCGCAUUUCCAGCAUGCUGCACAUCCUCACCUUUCAAACCAUUCACAUCUGCAACCAGGCAUAGACAACGGCGCCGCAUACCCUCAGUCUCGGCCCAGUGCCAACGCCUUCCCCCCUGCCAUGGAUCCCUCUCAGUUUGGCGAUUUCUCAUUUGCCUAUGCCAGCAUGUCGGGCAUGACGGACCAGUCGGCUUCCGCCUUUGACGAUCCUUCUGGCUCCGAUCAUUUCUCUCUUCACUCUACCAUGGCCCCUGCUUCCGUGAGCAGUACCAAUAUGAAUUCAUUGACUGUAGCCCCCAAUCCUAGCUUUGCCAUGGACCCGUCUGCCUUUGCUCCUGCUGGUAUCGAAGCCGUCCCGGACGACCAUGCCCCAACUGAGAGGCACUCUCCCAGCCAUAACUCAGCCGCAGACAACCCAAACGACGAAUUCGGCUUGUCCGCUGCAGGUCGCGCCGACGGGACUGAUCUUGGUAAAAGCAAGGACGACAAAACUGAGACACCCGCUUGGAGCGAACUCAAAACAAAAGCCGGCAAGGAUCGAAAGCGUCUGCCGCUGGCUUGCAUCGCCUGCCGCCGCAAAAAGAUUCGCUGCUCCGGCGAGAAGCCUGCCUGCAAGCACUGCCUCCGCUCUCGAAUACCCUGCGUAUACAAAGUCACCAGCCGCAAGGCUGCACCCCGCACUGACUACAUGGCCAUGCUUGACAAGCGUCUCAAGCGCAUGGAAGAACGCAUCAUCAAGAUUGUACCCAAAUCCGACCAGGACAACAUCUCCCCCGUAACUCGCGCCGUGGUAAAACCAGCAAUGCCUGGUACGAGCGCCGCCAACAAAGCUGCCGCAAAGAAGCGCCGCGCCGAUGAAGCCUUUUCUCCGGAGCUCGAAUCUUGGGCGAACGCACCGUCCAAAUCCAAAAUUGGCAACAUGGAUGCUCCUCCUAUGGCCGCUGACUCUCAAGAUAAGGAAGAGAGCAAACUUUUCCGCGAAGGAAUCGAUGCGCUGCCUUCCAGAGAACUUCAAGAACACCUCGCCGAGGUCUUCUUUGAUAGCGUCUACGGACAAGCAUACCACUUACUUCACAAACCGAGUUUCAUGCGCAAGUUAAAGAGCAAUUCGCUGCCUCCAGUUCUUGUACUAGCAGUUUGCGCUGUAUCUGCCAGAUUCUCAACAAAUCCCAAACUUCCCGUCACAUUGAGACCAUUUCUCCGCGGAGAGGAAUGGGCGCAACACGCCAGAGACAUAUGCACAAAGCGUUAUGAAUGGCCAAGCAUUACUAUUUUGACAUGUCUGCUCAUCCUCGGCCUUCACGAAUUCGGCACAUGCCACGGUGGCCGUAGCUGGGCGCUUGGCGGUCAGGCCAUUCGCAUGGCCUACGCUCUCCAGCUACAUAAAGACCUUGACCAUGACCCUCAAAGCAAAGGUCAAAAGGUGCCUCUCAGCUUUGUCGAUCGAGAAAUUCGGAGACGCAUCAUGUGGGCUUGCUUCCUUAUGGACCGCUUUACUUCAUCUGGUACCGACCGACCCAUGUUUAUCACUGACGACUCGCUCACCAUUCCGUUACCUGUGAGCGAGCGUUGCUUUCAACUAGACAUGCCUGCCCAGACAGAACUUCUCGAUGGCCGGCCCGGACCUCCCGCAGUAGAGGGCCAAGCACCAGACUCUGAUCUACGCAGCAACAUGGGACCCUCUGCAUUCUUCAUUCGUGGCCUUGCUCUUUGGGGCCGCGUUGUGACGUAUUACAACCACGGCGGGAAAGACCAGGAACAUUUUGCGCAGUGGGAUGAGCGCUCGCAGUACUCAAUGCUGGUGCGUGACGUCGAGGAACUACUUCACACUUUGCCGCCGCAUUUGCAAUAUUCCAAAGAAGUUCUCGAGCAGCACAUCACCGAGAGAACCGCCACUCAAUUCCUGUUUAUGCACAUGACCAUACACCAGAGCUUGCUCUACGUUUGUCAAGCAGCCAUGAGCAGUAAUCAGUCCAACUCGGACGCGCCCAAGGACUUCAUUCCUCGUCUGAGCGCCAAAACUUUCCAUGCCGCCAAUAGCAUCUCUCAGUUAUUGAAGGAUUCCGAUGAGCGUCAGUGCUUUGUGUCGGCACCCUUUGCGGGAUAUUGUGCUUUUUCGUCGUCGUCUGUGCAGAUUUACGGUAUGAUUUCUGGGAACCCCAAGCUUAAAGCUGCCGCCGAAGUGCAUCUUGCCAUCAAUAUUAAAUAUCUUAAGAAGAUGAUGAAAUAUUGGGGCAUGUUUCACUGGAUGGUAGAGGACAUUCGACGCCAAUACAAGAACGCCUACGACGCCUCUCGACGACCCGGCAUGAACGGCGCCAUGCAAAGCAGGCAGCCGUUGCUGCAGUAUGCUGACUGGUUCAACCGUUACCCGUCUGGUGUAUCUAAUGUUGAUUUCAUGGAUCCAAGUGUCCCGAGACGCAGUGAGGGUGGAGAGGACGCUGUCUUGGAACAAAAGCCUGAGUUGCACUCAGUGGGGGAGUUCCUGGAGAACCUCUCGCCUGCUUCCCAUGCCGCCGAUGGCAAAGACCCCGGCAAGACGCCAAUGCAAAAGCGAAAACCAGCUCCUCACAAAAGGAAUUCUACUGGUGUCACACCCCCGAACAAGCCAGAUCAGCCGACGCCCGAGGCCCGACAAGCUUCUGUUGCGCCUACUCCUCGAAGAGUUUCGGACCAGUCUGGUAGCACUCCUCGCAUUCAGGUUGACCAGCGGAAAUUCUCGACCCCAGGCAACACGCAGCCGUCGAUGACGUUCGGCGCACACAGCAUGCCUGCCCAGCCACAGGCAUACAUGUCAACCAUGUCACCCAUCAGCCCGAACAACAUGGCGCCAUACCCGCAGCCACAGAUGCCCUUCUUCGCCGAUAUUGCCCCGCUUGGCAUGGGGGGUCAAGAUGCCGGACUGCCUCAACAGAUGUUUGGUAUCGUGCCAGGUGGAAUAAAUGGCCCGCCGCAGGAGAACAGCAAUGGUUGGCAGGGGAUGGCCAACGGUGCUCAGCCGAACUCACGUCAAAAUUCGGCAACUGUACCAAAGAACGAGAAUGCUGGUAUGCACCAGCAGCGCCACCCACCCCAACAUCAGAACCCCAUGACGGCGCCGACGAUGAAUAUUUUCAACUCUGCACCAGAUAGCUCGUGGUUUAUGGGCUAUGACAUGGAGCCGCCGGAGAUGAAUCAAGACAUGAACAUGGCUGGCAACGGCGUGGACGGCUACAGCAUGUAUGCUGGCAGCAGCAAUGGCAAUCCCGGAAACGGCAACAAUUUGCCCCAGCAGAACCACAUGGGCAGUGGGCUACAGCAUGGCAUGUAA